AUGUGCGGGAUCACGGCAACUAUCAAGCUACGACGAACCGCCACACUCGCCAAAAGAAAUCGGAAUACAAUUGUCCAUGAGCACAGCCAUAACGGCUCGCCAACCCGCCAGGCUUUGCACAAUAGGUUGGCGCAAAGUCUUGCAAGCAUUGCUCAUCGAGGGCCGGAUGCUGAGGGCAUCUGGAUUAGUGACGACGGAGCCAUCGGCCUUGGUCACCGUCGUCUUGCUAUCAAUGACCUGACGUCUGACGGUGUGCAACCUCUGCACAGCGAUGACGGAAAGAUUCAUGCCGUCGUCAAUGGUGAGAUCUAUGACCACGACGCUAUCAGAGAACGGUGCAUCCAGGAUCAUGGAUAUCAGUUUAAGGGCCAUUGCGAUAGCGAAGUGUUGAUCGCGCUGUAUAAGAUUUACGGAGCUCCUGGGUUCUUUGAACAUUUGAGAGGAGAAUUCUCGUUUGUCAUUUUUGAUGAGAGAGAUGGGCGGGUGAUUACUGCCCGCGAUCGCUUCGGUAUCAAGCCAAUGUACUGGACUGUUGUCGGCAACGGCUCAGAGCAACAGCUUCUCCUGACAUCUGAGGUCAAAGGCUUUUUACCCCUUGGCUGGGAGCCAGAGUGGAACGUGUCUGGUCUCAUCACCGGCCUUUCUCUCCAGGCUGAACAUACGGUCUACAAAAAUGUUUGCAAAUUGAACCCAGGUUCGUGGAUGGAGAUCGCUGAAAGUGGUGAGAUCAAGCACCAUCAAUACUGGGAUCCUGAGUAUAAGGAUAAGCGUGAGAUAGAAUCGCGUAACUUGGAUGAUAUCAUCCUCGAAGUCAGAGAGAGGAUCGUAGAAGCUGUAAGACUUCGGCUGCGUGCCGAUGUACCAGUAGGCAUCUACCUGUCAGGAGGCAUUGAUUCUUCUGUUGUUGCUGGAAUCGUGACAAAACUUGUUCGCGAAGAGGGUGUCAUGCUUGGCAACCAAGAUGCCACGAAACGGAUUUCCUGCUUUAGCAUCCAAUUCCCUGAGAACUCUGGUUUCAACGAGGCUGACAUCGCACAGCGGACAGCAGACUGGCUAGGUGUACAAAUUCUCAAAAAGGACAUGAACGAGGAAGAGCUUGCGAAGAACUUUGUGGAAUGUGUCUACCACACCGAGCACCAUCAUUUCGACCUCAACUUCGUAGGCAAAUUCUGUCUUUCUACGCUGCCCCGACAAUAUGGUGUGCCGGUUGUUCUCACAGGUGAAGGCGCUGAUGAACAUUUCGCCGGGUACCCAUUCUUGAUGCCGGACUUUCUCCUGGAGCCGGAUUACGCGUGGCCAGAUUCAGCUUUGGCAAACAAUAACCAAGUGAGAGAAGCCAUGCAAAGAGAAAUGGCAGACGACCUCAAGAAAAUGUUCACAAGAGUCGGCAUGUUUGAUCACGAGUGGGAAUCGACGGCUCCACGAUCCCGACAUCUCGGCAUUGGAAAUAACGCUCUGAAGUGGCAGCCCCACUCGGACAUGUUUGCCCCUUGGGUCCAGGACUCCUACGGGCGGAAGAAUAUGAGAGUCAGUGUAGCUGAGACCAUGUCCCCUGAAGUGCGCAAGAACAUGGACGAAAAGUGGCAUACGCUGCACUCCUCACUUUACUACUACACUCGCGGUGCCCUUCCCAAUAUGAUUCUCACCUGCUUGGGUGAUCGUACCGAAAUGGCACACAGCAUCGAAGCCCGGCCGCCAUUCCUCGACCAUCACUUGGCCGAAUACGUCAACGGCCUUCCUCCAAGUCUGAAGAUUGCCUACAAUCAGCCAGAGGGCGACACGGACGGGACAGGGUCAAGUUUAUGGUGGAAGAAUUUCAGUGCUGCCCGUCAAGCCUUAAGUGAAAAGUGGAUUUUGAAGGAGGCUGGCAAGCCUUUCAUCACACAAGAGCUGUAUGACCGUCGGAAACACCCGUAUUCGGCACCUGUCAAGUGGCCUCGAAAAGGGCCUAUACACCAGCUCUUCAGAAAGCUAAUCACGGAGAGUUCGGUGAGCAACUUGGGGUUUUUGGAGUGGCAGGACGUGAAAAGCUGGCUAGAGCAUGGCUUUGGGGAUGAUUCUGACCCCAACGCCUUUAGAAAAUUGGUCAUCACUGGAUCGUGGGUUGUCCUGAGCCAGAGGUUUGGCGUUAAAAGAGCGGAUCGAGUUGCCGAGCCAAGCUGCACAUGA